AUCGAGCUGUUCUUGUCUUCGUUUCUUUUUGAUCGCUGUUCGCUGUGUUCCGUUAUGCGAGUUUAACGGAUUUUGCUCUGUUCUACAUAGCCUCGGUUCGACGAUGCGUUAGAGUGAGACAGGUGCUUGUCCUGUGGUGAGUUCGGACCGGCAUGUAUCAAGCGAGAUGGAGCGAUGUUGAAAUGUACACGGGCACUUAUGUUUGAAAACUCUGAGAAAGCAGACGCGUGAAUAUGUCGCAGCCGAGGAAGUGUACGGCUCGCGGGCGGAGCGCGGCAACAGAGGACCCUGAAACAGUUAACUUCCCGACAUAUGUAUGUAACAAUAGUUAUCGAUAGGCGAUGGUCGAUAAUCAUCGCAAAGGGUAGCGUCGUGAGCGCAAGUUGUCAUAAAAAAUGGAACAAGCAUGGAGAGAGUGAAAGUAGAGAAAAGCCGGGUUGAAAGUCGUUGUUAAAAAGAUCUAAAAGCGAAAAGUUUUCGUGUCCGGAGUAAAAGUUGCGUAGUUGUCGUACGUCCGGAGAUCAAGUGUUGGCACGAGUCUUCUUUUUAUUUAAUACCGAAUAUAAAUUAAAUAAUAAGCUAACUGUCAUAAUAUAACAAUUUUUCUAAGAUAAACAAUUGUAUUAAACAAUAAAUAUCCUACAUUUGGGGUCUCAACCGAUAAAACAAUAAAAAGUUGACCCAUUUGUAAAGUUCAGAAAAUUGUGAAAUUGUAAAUCGAAAAGUGCCGAUGUACAUGCAAAGUUGACGCACAGGAAGAAGAAGAGCGACGAAAGCAUGCACGAAUACAUGCUAACAAUGAAAAAAAUUGCAUCGCUUGGACAAGUAGAUGUUGAGUCUAUUAUCGCUUAUAUAGUUGACGCUGGAUAUUAAAAGCGAGUUAAAAUUUGCAUUGUACGGCAGCAAAUCAUACAGCGAACUGUUGGAAAAAUAUGAGUUGUACGAGAGCAAGUGUGUUAUCGGAAAACCGCAAAUGCAAUACAGUGGUGGCAGAAAAAAUAUAACCGAUGGAAAAAUUAUUUGUUGCUACAACUGCGGCUCUAAUGAACACAUGAGAAAAGACUGCAAGGCAGAAACAAAAUGUUUUACCAUAAGUGUGCAGGCAACGGUCAUAUAUCUUCAAAUUGUCCACAAGCUGUAAAAAGUGUUCAAGUCAUAAAAGAUAAUAAGCACAUGAAAGUAGUUUUGCUGAACGGUACAGAGGUCGCCUGCCUUGUGGACACAGGAUCCGGUGUGUCAAUCUUCUGCGUGACUUUGAAUGACGGAGAGUUCACCUUUACAAAGGCGUCAGCGCAGCCGGAAUGCGCUGAAUCAAAAGAGCUAAGUAUAUACAAUAUUGUUGAGACUGGUAGUAACAUAGAUGCUUCUCCACAGUAUAAGCCGGUGAUCGAGUCAAUGAUAGCAGAGUACAAGCCAGCCGAAAACAACGCUGAAUGCCCAUUUCGUCAUCAAACAAGCCGUCACUCAGCUGUGGAAUCCGAGUCGAUCAGAAAAGAAGUUGACGUCUGGUUGCAGGAUGGCAUUGUGCGCAAAUCUUCAUCGAACUUUGCCAGUCGAGUCGUCGUAGUGAAAAAGCUGCAAGCGCAAGUCAAGGACGCGCUGCGAGACGUCGAGCAAGCAAAGGCCGCCAAGGAGGAACUACAGGCGUUGAGCAAGGAGGCCGAGCGCAAGGUCAAGGCCCUGGAGGCAGAAGUAUUACAGCUGUCUGAAGAUCUGGCCAGCUCAAAGAGGGCGCGACGUGCUGCUGAAACGGAGCGUUACGCUUUAACUCUACGCGCCGCCGAACUCACUGAUCGUAUCAGCAGCGUGGAAAAGGAACUGUUCCCGCUGCAGUGCAGCAACAAGGAACUGACAUCGAAGAUCGAGGAGAUUAAUGUGGAGAACACCUCGCUCGCACCGAGGCAAUCAAGUGGCGGCAGCGUGCUAAUGCGCUGGUGGAGAAGAGCAAUCGCAACCCAGAGGAGUUCAAGCGUCUGAAGCUGAGCGCGAGCACCUGGCCAAGUUGCUGACCGCCGAGAGAGCUGAAUUAAGCAAGGAGGUAAAAACACAUAUUCAGCAGGCGCAAAAGUAUAAAGACGGCGUUGUUAAAAAGAUCUAAAAGCGAAAAGUUGUCGUGUCCGGAGUAAGACAAAGUUGCGUAGUCGUCGUACGUCCGGAGAUCAAGAGUUGGCACGAGUCUUCUUUUUAUUUAAUACCGAAUAUAAUUAAUAUAUUAAGCAAACUGUCAUAAUAUAACAAUAUUGCUAAGAUAAACAAUUGUAUUAAACAAUAAAUAUCCUACAUGUAUAUACAUAUGUAUGUAUGUAAUUAAUUAUUAAAAUAAAUAUAAAUAUGUAAAGGGUAGCUUCUUCGAGCGGCAAU